CAGUAUAUUUUGAGCAGUGAAGUAUAUAGAACUCAAAUUCGUUAGAUUGUACGAAAUUUUUUCCAAGGCAAAUUCAUAAUAAAUAAACCAGCACCAUAUCCAGCUCCUUGAUCUAAAGCCCACUCAUAAUCUUUCCUUUUACUGGUAACUGGUAACAUGGAGCAGAACAUGUCGCAGUUUUGGACACGCUUUAUACGUCCUGGCUUGGAUCAGGUGGUGCACAAUUUGAGCUUUAUUGGUGGCAAGCCCAUCGGCUCCCUGGUAUGGAAGCGCCUAACCUUUCUGGUGGCCACACCUGCCAUUGGCUUGUGCAUGAUUAAUGCUUAUUAUGCGGCCGUUGGCGCUGCCGAAAAUCAGCGCAGGGAGUUCAUCAAGUAUGAUCAUCUGCGUCGACGCACCAAACGUUUCCCCUGGGGCAACGGAGAGCGCUCGCUCUUCCACAAUCGUGAAGUCAAUGCUCUGACCGAGGGCUAUGAGGCUUAAAAGGCUCAAGUGUUAGUUACGAAGUCGGGAUGGGAUGUUCAUGCGUUAAAUCAUUGAUUUAUUUAUUGUGUUUUGUUGUUGUUGUUUUUCAGUGAUUUGAACGAAAUCUGUAACAUUUGCAAAUUCCAAAAUGCUUGUAGCACCAAUCAAUUUGCCUCUAGAGUCGCAAAUAAAAUAUUAACUCAAA